AUUUCUUCAUUCUCCACUUACCAAGGUCAUGGGAGAUAUAGAGGAAACAUUAUUUGAAGAAUUUGAGAACUAUUCCUAUGAACUAGACUAUUACUCUCUGGAGUCUGAUUUGGAGGAGAAAGUCGAGCUAGGAGUUGUUCACUGGGUCUCUCUGGUGCUAUAUUGUUUAGCUUUUGUACUGGGAAUUCCAGGAAAUGCCAUUGUCAUUUGGUUCACGGGGUUCAAGUGGAAGAAGUCAGUCACUACUCUGUGGUUCCUCAAUCUAGCCGUUGCGGAUUUCAUUUUUGUUCUCUUCCUGCCCCUGUACAUUUCCUAUGUGGCCAUGAAUUUCCACUGGCCCUUUGGCAUCUGGCUGUGCAAAGCCAAUUCCUUCAUUGCCCAGUUGAACAUGUUUGCCAGUGUUUUCUUCCUCACGGUGAUCAGCCUGGACCACUAUAUCCACUUGAUCCAUCCUGUCUUGUGUCAUCGGCAUCGAACCCUCAACAACUCUCUGAUUGUCAUUAUAUUCAUCUGGCUUUUGGCUUCUCUAAUUGGUGGUCCUGCCCUAUACUUCCGGGAAACUGUGGAGUUCCGUAACCAUACUCUUUGCUAUAACAAUUUUCAGAAGCAUUAUCCUGACCUCACUUUGAUAAGACACCACGUUCUGACCUGGGUGAAAUUUAUCUUUGGCUAUCUCUUCCCUUUGCUAACAAUGAGUAUUUUCUACUUGUGUCUCAUCUUCAAAGUGAAGAAGCGAAGCAUCCUGAUCUCCAGUAAGCAUUUCUGGACAAUUCUGGCUGUGGUUGUGGCCUUUGUGGUUUGCUGGACUCCCUAUCACCUGUUUAGCAUUUGGGAGCUCACCAUUCACCACAAUAGCUAUUCCCACUAUGUGCUGCAGGCUGGAAUCCCCCUCUCCACUGGUUUGGCAUUCCUCAAUAGUUGCUUGAACCCCAUCCUUUACGUCCUAAUUAGUAAAAAGUUCCAAGCUCGCUGCCGGGCCUCGGUUGCUGAGAUACUCAAGUAUACCCUGUGGGAAGUCAGCUGCUCUGGCACAGUGAGUGAACAGCUCAGGAACUCAGAAACGAAGAAUCUGUGUCUCCUGGAAACAGCCCAAUAAGUUACUACUUUUCCACAAAUCAGUAUAAAGCUUUCAUAUGGGUCCUCUGAUGAAUGCUUUCAGAUUAAAAUUGUUUCCAAGAUAGAGAGCUGACCCUACUUUUAUUGUUUUUAUUUUUGGUCACUAUAUAGACAUCACGUUUUUGGGUGGAUAUAAAACUUAGGAAGGAUCCUCUUGACUCCUUGUGAUGUGGCAAUAAAAAUUUUUUAAAAACUAAAAAUACACCGGGCGUGGUGGCUCAUGCUUGUAAUCCC